UGCCAUCGCCGGUAUCUGCGAGCGGCCGGGUGGAGGGAUGGAGGAGCCCCUGAGCGGAACCGCGCCGGCAGGUGCCGGGGCAGGAGGAAAAUGCCCGUUGCGUCCCGCUCGUCCCCCGGCCUGAGGGAAGAGCGGUGCCGGCGGCCGGUUUUGGGACGCGCUGCCGACAGAGCUGCCCCGCCGUGAACCUGAAUUCACCCGUUUUCCCCUCAGAGUGUCCGUGAACAAAACACUUCCCUGCGUGUCCCCGUCCCCGUCCCCCGCCACGUUCAGUUUAUUCGUGUCAUCGGCGCUCCCAGCACCGCGGCGCUUCCCCUCACCGGGCUCCACCGCAGAGCUCGGGCUGGCUUCGCCCCCCGGUCUCCCGGCAGUCCCCGAAGGGAACCGCGGCGGGGUUCACGGCACAGCGCACGGCACAGCCUCCCCGUGUGCCCCCAGAGCCGGCCGCCCCCCACCGCGGGGGUCCCGCAGGGGGCAGGGGCCAGGCUCGGCGGCUUCGCUGCCUCGGGGCGCCCGCCAAAGGCCCGGCGCCGGCCCGCCCCCCCGGCCCUGCCGCCGCGGCGCUAGGACCUGCGCGGCGCGGCGGGGCCCGGCCGCCCCCUCGGCGGGGCGGGCGCGAAGGGCGCAGGCGGCCGCGGGAGCCCGGCCGUCCCCGCCGGCGGCGGCGGUUGCAGGGUGCGGCUGCGGGGCGGCGGAUGAGUCAGCCCUGAGGCGGCAUGGAGCCCUUCCCGCCGCCCACGGAGCGCCACCAGCAGCAGCAGGAGGAGGAGGAGGAGGAGGAGGACUGGCUUCGCCCGCAGCCGGGCGGCGGCGGGAGCGCUCCGCCCGCCCCGCCAGGCCGCAGCAAGCCUGUAUCAGCGAGAAGCGCCGCGUGCAGGGUGGUUGUGCACGUUGACUUGGACUGCUUUUAUGCACAAGUAGAAAUGAUCCGUAAUCCUGCCUUAAGAGACAAGCCUUUAGGCGUGCAACAGAAAUCCAUCGUCGUUACCUGUAACUAUGAAGCCAGAAAAUGUGGAGUUAAGAAACUGAUGUCCGUCAAGGAUGCUAAAGAGAAGUGUCCUCAGCUGAUCCUGGUUAAUGGGGAAGAUCUAACACCGUACAGGGAAAUGUCGUACAAGGUUACAGAGUUGUUGGGGGAAUUUUGUCCGCUGGUGGAAAGGCUUGGGUUCGAUGAAAAUUUUGUGGAUAUCACAGAGAUCGUAGAGAAAAGGCUAAAGCAGCUACAGGGAAGUGGAUGUUCCGGAGCCUGCGUGUCUGGCCACGUGUACAACCACCGAGCUAUCAAUCUGCAUGAUACAACACACGCGAGGCUAGUUAUCGGGUCUCAGGUUGCGGAGGAGCUCAGGGAAGCCGUGUACGCGAGACUGGGCCUCACAGGCUGUGCAGGAGUGGCCUCUAACAAAUUACUGUCUAAACUAGUAUCUGGGACCUUCAAACCAAAUCAGCAAACGGUUCUUCUGCCUGAAAGCUGUCAAGAUCUAAUGCGCAGCCUUGAUCGCAUCCAAAAAGUGCCUGGCAUCGGCUACAAAAUGACCAAACGGCUCGAGGCGCUGGGCGUUAGGAGUGUGUGUGAUCUCCAAGCGUUUCCGCCUGCUGUGUUAGAGAAGGAACUGGGUGUUUCUGUUGCUCAGCGUAUCCAAAAACUCAGCUACGGGGAAGACGACUCCCCUGUCAUUCCAUCAGGCCCUCCUCAGUCCUUUAGUGAUGAAGACUCCUUUAAGAAGUGUUCAUCGGAAGUAGAAGUUAAAGAGAAAAUUGAAGAACUGCUUCCUAACCUAUUAGACAGAAUACACAAAGACGGACGACAACCGCACACGCUAAGGCUGACCAUACGCCAGUUCUCCUCCACCGAGAGAUGGCUUAAUCGGGAAAGCCGUCAGUGCCCCAUUCCACCUCACCUCAUCCAGAGGUUUGGGAAAGAAAGCAGCAACAUUCUGUCCCCACUGGUUGAUAUACUGAUGAAACUCUUUCGAAAGAUGAUAGAUGUAGAUCUACCGUUUCAUCUUACCCUUUUGAGCAUCUGCUUCUCCAACCUCAAAGAUCUUCCUAGCAGCAAGAAAGGAUCAAUUGGUUUCUAUCUAAAGCAGAUGUCACCACCAUCCGGCUCCGGGAAACGUGUCCGGGAGGUGGAAGAUGUCUCACAAGGUGAGGGAAGUGCUUCUCAGAACCAGAAUUGCAACAGAACUGGAACUACAAAAGCUAGGAAACUUUCAGAGGGAAAAAAAAGCAAUAUAAAAGAAGCAGGAAUUCCUGACUGCCCGUUUCAUUUGCCUUUUGGUGAUAUAGACCAGGAAGUCUUCAGGGAGCUUCCACAAGAUAUUCAAAAAGAAAUUAUAUCUGAAAAACCAGAAGCAGUCCCUACUGCGAGUGUUCCGGGUCAGCCGUCAGGGUGUUCUGCAGAAGAGGGACACGGCGCUUCCCCGCAUUCGAAGGGAGCAAGCAGCGGCAGGUGCUCUGCAGGGCGCAGCACGCAUCUCAUGUCAGCUCACGGAUCGGCAGCCGUUCUGGCCCACGGCUCCAGGGCCGGCUGUUCUCCUGAGUGUCCCAGAAGCGUGCCGACAAGCAGCAGGAUGGAAAAACAAGCUGUUGACUCUCUGAACUUCAGAGGAAGAGAUCUGUUGUCUCCGGGAGCCGGAGCCGGCCAAACCGUUGCGCGUGUCCCAGUCUUGGAUAAAGAUAAGCGGGCCUUUGAAACAACUUCUGAGGACGAAACCUGCAGUAGGCAAGGAGGAACUGUAUUUCCUCCUCACGUUGACACAAAGACUUUUUAUGAACUACCUGCAGAUGUGCAAGAAGAACUACUGGCUGAGUGGAGGAAUCAGGGACCAGCGUCCAAGGCUUCUGCGGAUAAACCCCCUGACAAGCCCAAAACGAACAAAGGGAGGAGGAGCACAGCACCGUCUCUAUCGCAGUCUAACAGUUUGCUGAGGUAUUUUAAACCACAGUGAAACAUUUUUCGUAACAGCAACACUGUAAGAAUCAGCACUUGAAGGCACUUUAGUUGAUUUACUGUAAAUUGUAAAGAUGUGAUUAUUAAAAAUAUAUUUUGAUGACUUUUUAUGUAA